GCGCGCGGAAUCCAAUUUAAAACAGCGCGCGGUCGGCAGCUGGCGGUCAGUCAGUCGGUUUUCCUCCGCGCGGAGAAUAAACAAACAAACAAACAAACAAACAAAGACCGGACCAGGAGGCGAUUGUUUUAAACAUGGCGACUCCACCGAAGAGAGUCCGUAGUGUUCCCGCCAGUCCGAGUGGAAGUUUGUCCCGCAGAGAGAGGAAGAUCUCCAUCGAGGGAAACAUCGCUGCAGGAAAGUCCACCUUCGUGCGUCUUCUCCAGAGUGCAUCGGAGGACUGGGAGGUGAUUCCUGAGCCCAUCGGGAAAUGGUGCAACGUCCAGAACGACAGUGACGACAUCUACCAGGAGCUGAGCUCCUCUCAGAAGAGCGGAGGAAACCUGCUGCAGAUGUUGUAUGAUAAACCCAGCCGCUGGUCCUACACCUUCCAGAGUUACGCGUGUCUCAGCAGAGUUCGUUCUCAGCUUCAGUCUCCGUCAAUCAAACUUCAGCAGGCUGAAAACCCUGUUCAGUUCUACGAACGCUCUGUCUACUCAGACAGGUACGUGUUUGCGUCCAACCUGUUUGAGUGCGGCAGCCUGACGGAGACGGAGUGGAGUGUUUAUCAGGACUGGCACACCUGGUUACUGAACCAGUUUGAACCUGACAUCGCCCUCGACGCCAUCAUCUACCUGAGAGCUCAGCCACAGCGCUGUAUGCAGCGUCUGCUCCAUCGGGGUCGGGAGGAGGAGCAGGGGAUCCCUCUGGAGUACCUGGAACAGCUUCACUUCAAACAUGAAGCUUGGCUCGUCCACAGGAACCUCAGGUUGGACUUUGAGUACCUGAACGAUCUUCCUGUUCUCGUUCUGGACGUAGACGAUGACUUCAAGAACGACCGCAUCAAACAGGAAGCCAUCAUUGACGAGGUCAGAGAAUUCCUCACCACGCUGUAGGACUUCAUCCACCAAUCACAGCUCGUCUGACGUCUGAUUGGAUGGCCCAGUUACACUCUGUAAAUGUUUUAACGAGUCGUCAUUGUGUUUUUAACUUCACUGAAAAAAAUCCAUUUUUUAGUCUUUUUCACUUUUUGUGUAUAUUUUAUAUUUUUGUAGAUAAAUGUUAAAAUGUCCUCUGCAGCAGGGACAGUCAGUGAACUCACCGUGUGUGUAUGUGUGCGUGUGUGUCAUCACACAUGAUGUAUUUACUAGGCUCAGUUUGAUAUUUAUACUUAAGUCUGAAUCUUCUUAAGAGCUGUGAAAAUGCUUAUUUGUCCUGACAGUCACUGAACACACCAUGAUGCCUUCAGGAACAAAUGGAGUUAUUUUUCUCUACUGGAAUAAAAACACUCAGACUGAU